CUGCCACAGACACUUAUUAACCACCUACACUCCCACAAGGUCAACUCUUGAACGUCGCACUUAUCAAUUACUUGCAUAUCGGAUCGCGGCCCACGCCUUCACACCAUUGGCCAGCCCCUUAUCUCGCAGAUUCUCAACUACAAUCAUCCACUCACGUCACUCAAUCUCAGCCCUACCCCGGAUUCUUUAUCAUGCCCGGUCGUCUGUUGAGCACCCUCGCGAGGGUUGCGCCCACGCCAUUGCCUAAACUGGACCCCGUCAAACCACACGCCGAGGGCCUGCUCCCGCCAGUCUACUCAUACGACGCACCCCGCGUAAAAGCAAAGUCCAAGUCGGAAGAGUCGCUCGUCAUGGAUAUCUUCAACCGCCACAAGCAUGACAAGCACGCGAAGGAAAAGGAAGAAGUCAAGAAGAGCCCCAAGGUUGAGGCUCAGGGUGCGGCUUCCAUGAACAUGAGCGUCGAGUCGCCACCCAUUGUCUUCUACAACAGCCCGCAAACUUCGACUGGCGCAAUUUUUUCGGGUCAGCUCGUCAUCAAUGUUCAUGAUCCCUACGUCACCGUGGAAAAAUUCGAGAUGCGCAUGCUCGCCAUCGUUUCCACUAAGAAGCCUGUCGCCCCACACUGCGCCGAGUGCAGCACGCAAACCACUGAAAUCCACAAGUGGGAGUUCCUGACGCAUCCUACCACCCUGCGUCAUGGUCCACACACUUUCCCCUUUAGCCAUUUGCUACCGGGACACCUACCCGCGACUACGCAUGGCAGCCUCGCUACCGUCGAUUACUACCUGUCUGCUGUUGCCACUACCUCAUCGGGAAAGAUUACCUACAAGCGUAACCUUGACAUCAAGCGCGCCAUCUUCCCGGGUGCCGAAAAGCACUCCAUUCGAAUCUUCCCACCCACCAAUUUAACCGCUUCGGUUAAGCUGCCACCGGUCAUCCACCCGAUUGGCGACUUUCCCAUUGAGAUGCGCUUAUCCGGUAUCGUUCAGAACAAGGCGGACUCACAGACGCGCUGGAGACUUCGCAAGCUCAACUGGCGUAUCGAAGAAACCCAGAAGUUUAUCGCUCCAGCUUGCGCCAAGCACAUCUCCAAGGUCGGUGGUGAGGGCAAAGGCGUCCUUCAUGAGGAUGUCCGCGCCAUCGCUAGCGAGGAGGUCAAGACUGGCUGGAAGACCGACUUCGAGAAGGGCGAAAUCGAUGUAGAGUUCCAGGCUGCCUGCAACGUCGGCCUCAAGCCUCUAUGCGACAUGGAGAGCCCCAGCGGAAUGAGCGUUAAGCACAACCUUAUCAUCGAGAUGGUCGUUGCUGAAGAGUGGGCACCACUGAAGAAGCUCAGCCAGGCUACUCCUACUGGUGCUGCCCGCGUUCUCCGUACCCAGUUCCACCUCGUUCUUACUGAGCGCUCUGGUAUGGGUAUCGCCUGGGACGAGGAGCAGCCCCCUCUGUACGAGGACGUUCCCAUUAGCCCGCCCACUUACAUCGAGGACUGCGAAUUCCCAUGGUCCAACAACAGCUCUCGUUCCGGUAGCUUCAGCCUGGAGCAGUAGCUUUGACCCUUCCAUUUCUUUUCAUUAUCUAUACCCCAUUUACGAUGCAAUCAUCGACGCUUCACGAAUCUCCUUACUGUGCCAUUGGCCUGAUUUUGCUUGGAACUAUCACUAGUGGACUGUAGGAUAUACCCGGCGUCGCGUUCAUAUGCUCGCCACUCUUCUUGUUUGUUUUUGUAUGGCGUUUUGGUUCAUUGCUGGGUUGCUUGAGUUGGGCCUGUACGGUGCCCCUCUUGCAUCGGAUGAAUAUCCAGCAGGCGUUUUGCAUUAGCACAAGGAAAAGUUCAACUGUCAGAUCACGCGUUGUGAUAUACAUAAUAGCAAGUAAUACAUAGUAUCAGCA